UAAGCCACAUGUAGAUGAAGCAUACAACCUGUCUUCUCUACCAAUCAAGAGAUUCCCAAUAGCCGAGGAAAAUCAAUAGGGCAAAGGACUGCGGCGUCUAGCGCCGAAGCGUCGAAUACAGUUCUGGAAAGGUCCUGCAUCAAACAGGGCUGCUCAAAGACGUUACGUUCAUGUACCACCGGGAAAUAGUUACACGAUAAUUAAGGAAUUGGCUGUUAAAUGAGAUGAACUCUAAUUGUACACGCUUCAUAAAUCUAUAGCUAUGUGCAAUUGAUUCGCAACAUGCAUCAGUGUUAACGAGUGUUUUUGCUUUGAAUAGUUAUCAAUUGAAUAAUAGAGAUGUGGAAGUGGUUUGUGGCAUGGAAAUAAAAACGUACAAGAAAGUCGCCAUCGCCCUGAUCAUCUUAGGAUUAAUUUCGUUCUAUCUGUCCUACACCUACAACUCCUGCAUCGUAGCAAGCAUAGCAAAGUCGCUACCAAAAUGGCGUCGGGAUUCCGUUGUUAUUAACGAAAACAUCCACCUGCAUUACUCCACAUCGGUCCGCGUGGUGCCUUUGCUCGAUGGAAACGAGUCAUUUGCAUCUCCAAAGUAUCGUUUCUUUAGAGAGCAAGGUUUGAGGCCGGUGAGACAGUUACCUAAUGCUCUGAUCGUUGGUGUCAAAAAAGGUGGCACACGUGCUCUUCUAGAAUUUAUCCGUGUGCAUCCAGAUGUCAGAGCUGCCGGUAAUGAAAUCCACUUCUUCGAUAAAUAUUAUAGCAAGGGAUUCGAAUGGUAUCGUCAGACCAUGCCGCCGACCUUGGAAGGUCAGUUAACUAUAGAGAAAACACCUUCGUAUUUUGUAACGAAGGAAGCGCCUCGCAGGAUACACCUGAUGAAUCCAUCUACAAAACUCUUGGUGGUUGUUAGGGACCCUGUGACCAGAGCUAUAUCAGAUUACACUCAGGCAAUUUCUAAGAAACCCGAUAUGAAAAAAUUCGAAGCGCUCUCCUUCAUAAAUUCAUCAAUGAGGAUGAAGGAAGUGGAUACCAGCUGGGGUCCCGUCAAACUAGGAUUGUACGCACGUUAUUUACUCAGAUGGCUUAAGUACUUCCCUCUGUCGCAAUUCCUCUUCGUAAGCGGGGAAAGGUUGGUCGUGGAUCCAGCGAUGGAGUUGAAACGCGUUCAGGAUUUCCUUGGUCUGAAACGCGUCGUCACCGAGAAGCAUUUUUACUUCAACUCGACGAAAGGAUUUCCAUGUUUGUUCAAAAGCGAGGGUCGAGGCUCCCCGAAAUGUCUAGGAAAGACGAAAGGCAGGAAUCACCCGUACAUCGAUCCAGGUGUACUGCAGAAACUCAGGGACUUUUAUAGACCAUUUAAUAACAGAUUUUACCAGAUGACCGGCAUCAAUUUUGGCUGGUCCUGAAGCACUGAUUUGCAUCACAUGUUACUUCUACUCCGCUCUCGUCUAGCUUCGAAAUAUCAUUUGUAUAUUACAGGGUCUGUAGGGCCGUAGGUUCGUUUGCACAAUCAAGUCAAUUUUUAACGAAUAAUAACGUAAUUACCUCCGAAACAUUAGCGUUACCUUAGGAUUUUUUGGACGAAGGUCGUACAUAUCUCGAAGCCAUAAGACGAUCAGAAUAUUUACAGUUUUUCUACACGGGAUAGUUUUACCUAUGUACAAUUUUUUGGAUUAUCACAUUUUAUAGACUCUUAAAUAAAAAAAUUAAAUUAAAUACACAGUUUUACUUUCCUCCAUCGAUC